CUCUACGUCAGACCCAUAAGACACUGUUUUUGUGUCACACUUCAUUCUGUGUUGUGGAUGCGCGUCUCUUUUGCUUAAUCUUAAUACCGCGUGCUAAAUCGCACACACACACACACACACACACACACACACACACACACACACACACACACACACACACACACACACACACACACACACACACACACACAGAAGGGCGGAUUGAGUGCAAAUUUUCGGCAAGUUCCGAGCUCCUCCCCUUCCACGAUGAAGCUGUUAACACGGAUUCUUCUAUAUUCCAAAAUUUCCGGCACAACGUCCUCCAUCCUGGAUGCACGCACUACCAAGUCUACAUUUCAAAACGCGUAACUCAACUUUUUUUUUUUUUUCAAAAAAAGGGGGAGGACGGUACAUUUUUUUUUUUUGCUUUUGUGUACUACCCUGACCAUGGGGGAUCACAAGGAGCCGACCAUGGUGCAGAGGUCAAGUUCGUUUAGCAUCAAGAGCCUCCUGCUGCCCUCCAAGUUUGACAGCCAGGGCGCAGGGGUCGCGGAAAAUAGCGCAACAGAUUCGGAAAAAUCCUCGGAACCGACGGAAAUGGACUCCACACCCCCGCAGCAGCGGGGCGAGGAUGAAUCUGGAACGGAAACGGGGAGAAAAAGCGGCAAACACGACAAACCGCCGUUCAGCUACAACGCGCUCAUCAUGAUGGCCAUUCGCCAAAGUCCAGAGAAGCGGCUCACGCUCAACGGCAUCUACGAGUUCAUCAUGAAAAACUUCCCGUACUAUCGGGAGCACAAGCAAGGCUGGCAGAACUCCAUACGGCACAACCUCAGCCUCAAUAAGUGCUUCGUGAAAGUGCCGCGCCAUUACGACGACCCGGGAAAAGGGAACUACUGGAUGUUGGAUCCAUCCAGUGAUGACGUGUUUAUCGGUGGAACUACAGGAAAGCUCCGUAGGAGGUCCGCGACAUCACGGGGUAAGUUAGUGAUGAAACGGGGCCUACGUUUCGCCCCACUAGGACUCGGUCUCGGAGAGCGCGCAAGCAACCCGCUUUGCUGGCAGCUGUCUCCGUUUCUGCCAUUACCUCACGCGCACUACAACGGACCUGCGCACGGGUUUCUUAACCAAGGACACGCGUACGGGUCUCUACUCCCGAGCAUGGAGCCCAUCACCAGCGGAGACAUCGCCCGCCCUGUGCUCGGACCCUCCACCUCAAGUGGAUACAGCGCGAGCUCUGCGCCCGCUGGAUUACUCUCAGGGCACAACGGCUAUUUCGUUGCAGGAGUGCAGCAGCAGGCGCACGCACAGGCUCUCCAAACCGGCCCUUGUUACGGGAUCUCGAGCUCUCCGCCGCCACUGCUAGCGGAUUCGAGGACCACGUUACCGUCUUUCUCCUCGAGCGGUUUUUCGGGUGUUUUGUCACAACAUAAAAGACUCGCGCCUCAUUCUUUCCUGAGCUGAGUGACUUUUCCUAAUUGAAUUUCACGCGUCCAACUGGACACGAAUCAGCGGUGUGAGUUUCAUCUCAGCACUAACAUUGCAUUUAACACUGCAGCGGAUAUUUUGGAAUAUUUAUUAAACGCCGCAUUAAAUUCAACACCGGAAUUUGUGCUGAGCAUCAGAAGCGAAUGACUUUAAAAUGUGUUAAUUUCUUUUUAUUUAAAAUAUUUAGAAAUGAUGCAACAGUAACAACAGUACGACGUCAUGCCAAAGGCAACACACGUUUAUAAUAAUAAUAAUAAUAAUAAUAAUAAUAAUAAUAAUAAUAAUAAUAAUAAUUACUAUUAUUAUUAUUAUUAUUAUUAUUAUUAUUUAAAAAAAUUGCAACUCAUCAAUCCAUGUAUUUUUUUAUCGCAGUUUAUUUAUUGAAUAUUGAGACCAGGCCUAAAAUGGGGUCCAUAUACAAUUCAUUAUUAUUAUUAUUAUUAUUAUUAUUAUUAUUAUUAUUAUUAUUAUUAUUAUUAUUAUUAUUAUUAUUAUGUGGUGUAUAGGGUUUAUUUAAAACUGUGAAUAAGCCUUAACGAGGUCAGUCAGGAUUUUCAGCAACAAACUCAGGUUUUUAUGCGUCCUGACAAUGAUACUGAAAUGAAAAGACAAAAAAGUGCAGAAAAUACUGAAAAAUUCUGAGCAGCUAAAGCCUGGGAUCAUUUGAUCUCUCGGAUCAUAGCAGGAGUAGGCCUACUCAAGAAAUGAAUUGAAUGAACUUUUUUUUUAUUAUUAUUAUUUUUUGCACGAAAUGUCAUUACGUUUUUGUAAAUUGGAUUAUUUAAAUUAAAAUCUAAAUUUAGAUUAAAAUUUAAUUUAAAAUUUAAUUUAAAUUAAAAUCUAAAUUCUAAAUAUAUGAUUCUAUUUAAAUUAAAAUCUAAAUUUUAAUUUAAGGUUUGCAUUUUGAAUUCUUAUUUCUCUCUCAGCUAUUCAGAUAACAAGGCAUUUAAAAAUUCACUUCAGUUAUUUUGACCCUCCUUGUUGUGGGAUUUUAAAAUACCUUUGUGAUCCUUUCAUAUAAAUAUUAGCCUUUGAGAUAUGUGUUUUACUCACGUGGCUUUUCGAAGAAAAAAAUAAUAUAUAUUUUUUUUAUUAUUUGUUAAACGUUACUUCUAAUUACAAUUCCGUGUGCACUUAUACCAGUUUGUUGGAUUUGUCUAUUAAUUUCCCCUGACUGAACAUGGUUCAGGUUUAAGAAAUAAAGUAUUGUACUAUUUCCUUA